AUGACCGUGAGCUUGAGCGCGCCUGUAAGGAAUGUCUUGGAUGAAUUCUUCAGAACCACCCAGAUUAAUGGCAUCAGCAACGCCAGCAGAGCCACUCAUCCAUUCCGAAAAUUCAUUUGGUGCGUCAUCACUUUGAUCGCUGCAAGCGCCACAACAUACGAGAUCUAUGAUGUGAUUGCGACUUUCCUGAUGUUUUCUGUGUCGACAACAGUUUCCAUGACUCAACCAGAAUCCCUAGACUUCCCAGCUGUGACAAUCUGCAAUCUCUCUCCUUUCCCAUGCUACAAAGUCGCGGCUCUCUACGACAUUCCAGACCUCUCAAAGGGUGGGGAAAAUAAGGGAUUCACGAAGGAUCAGGUAACCGGCAACACUUACAUGUAUCUCCUAUCAAGUCUGACGAAAGAGCAGAAGUUGCAACUCAUGCAAGAUAGAGAUGAGUUCAUCCGCAGCUGCACCUACGAGGGAAUCGAUUGCAAAAGCUAUUUCUUGCCCUAUUCGAACACGACAUACGGGAGUUGCUAUGUCUUCAACUUGAAGUUGAACAAGGACAAUGAUUCAGGGGCAGGAUCUAGGAAAGUCGUUUUCGCUGGCCCGAGCAAUGGGUUGGAGCUGGAGUUGUAUUUGAACGCAAGCCAGUGGCCAUCGAGUGUGCUGUCAUCGGAAGGAGGCGUUCGUGUUGUCAUCAACCGACCCAGUAACCUCCCUUCCCCCGAUGAAUCCGGAUUCAAUGCUCGGACUGGUUCAUCAACCGAAGUGACUCUUAGACAGGUCAAGUCCGUAACUGUUGAAUAUAAGAAGUACUCGGUGGAAGUCUCGCGCCUAGCAUAUCCGUAUGAAAAUGACUGCUACAGUUCCUGGAACCAGUGUGGUUACUUCCCAGCCGACUCCUCCCUCGUCGACUAUGAUUCCCUGAUGUGCAGGCGGAUAUGUGUACAGGCGACGAUCGUGGAGAACUGCUAUUGCAAAUUACCCUACAUCCAGGACUACUUCAUCUUCCCGGACGGGGAAUUGGAUGAAAGCCCCAUUUGCGACGUUCGAUCCCUCGAGUCUCAGUUGCGACAGGACGGAAGUGCUCGGAUGAAGUCGGAGGUGGUCAAGGUCGUCAUCUAUUUCUCAUCGAUCAUGAAGGAAACGAUCGCGGAAUCCGCCAGCGUGACGAGCACCAACCUAUUGAGCAGCCUGGGAGGAGCUCUAAGCCUGUACUUUGGAAUCUCCUUGGUCAUGUUCCUGGAAAUCAUCGAGAUUAUUCCCCUGAUGGUCAUAACCUUUAUCAGCAAAUGCUUCAGAGUCGUCCAGAGUCAGAAAGUGCCGGGUCUCUAUGGUGUGAUUUCGACCUAUCUGCAGUAUUCCGUGUCUACGACGGUGUCCAUAACACAGCCAAAAUUCCUCAAUUUCCCAGCUGUAACAGUCUGCAACCUCUCGCCCUUCCCUUGCUCCAAGGCCAAACAAUAUCCAGAAUUGGCAAAGAGUGGCGGAGGUAAGAGCUUCACAGACGAUAAGAUUGCAGAAAAUUCUUAUUUGUACUUUCUAUCAAGUCUGAGCGAAGAGGAUAAGGUGAACCUCAUGCAAGAUGAAGAUGAGUUCAUCCGCAGCUGCACCUACGAGGGCGUCGAUUGUCAAAGCUUAUUUUUCCCGUACGCGAACUCGACGUAUGGGACUUGCUACGUCUUCAACCUGAAGUUGAACCAGGACAAUGAUACAGAGGCCGGAUCCAGGAAAACAGUGUUCCCUGGUCCGAAUAAUGGACUGGAGCUGGAGUUAUACCUGGACGCGAGUCAGUGGCCAUCGAGCGUGAUGUCAUCGCAGGGCGGCGUCCGGGUUGUUAUCCAUCGAUCCGACAGCCUCCCUUCUCCUGAGGAAUCCGGAUUCGAUGCACGGACUGGCACGGCCACCAAUAUUGCCCUUAGACAGAUGGAAGUGUCGAGGCUGCCCUAUCCCUACGAAAACGACUGCUACGAUUCGUGGGACAAGACCGGUUACUCUCCGAGUGAUCCAAAACUCAUCGCCUAUGACUCCCUGACAAACGGAAUACCUAACGACGAUAUCUUCGUCGGAAUGGCCAACCGGGUCUUACAUGUCGAGCGCGAUGGGAUCGAUGGACUUGGGGACUCAGUUGCAAACUCAUGGGAACGAUACGAUGAAGAUGGAGGUGGUAAAAGUCAUCAUCUACUUUUCCUCGAUCGCCCAGGAAACAAUCGCGGAAUCUCCCAGCGUGACGGUAAGUCUCAUCGCCGCGAUGUUUUUAUUGGAGANACUCAGUUGCAAACUCAUGGGAACGAUACGAUGAAGAUGGAGGUGGUAAAAGUCAUCAUCUACUUUUCCUCGAUCGCCCAGGAAACAAUCGCGGAAUCUCCCAGCGUGACGGACACGAACCUGUUGAGCAACUUGGGAGGAGCCCUGAGCCUGUACUUGGGGAUCUCCCUCGUCAUGCUGCUGGAAGUCAUCGAGAUCUUUCCCCUGAUGGUCCUCGCAUUCAUCGGCAGAUGCUUCGGAAUCGGUCCGAAGCCGAUGGAGAAUCCGCCGCAUAAGAGACGGGUAACCCGUCGCUGCGCCCGCGCGGGAUGCCCAUCCCCCCUCGCAUGGGACGAGAAGCACUUUUGA